GCCAGAAAGUAUGGUUAGGUUACCAUCGAGAGUUAUGUGAUGACAAUUAAUUCAAAUAAACCCAACAAGUUGUGAUGGCAUAUCGGCUCCUUAACACCGGCAAGUUGUUCGAAAAUUUACUGUGUAAAACGUUGAAGCAGUACAAUGUAGAAUUACCCAGGAGAAGCUACACGUUUAAAACGGUAUUAAACGAAUGGAAACUGUUCUGCGAGAAACCGCCAAAGGGUUUCGAAAAGUAUUUUAAGCCUGGUAAAGAUGCUCCAAAGGAAACAAAGCCCGAUUCAAAAAAUUGUAAAGAGGGCAAAAAGGAUGCCAAACCACCACUAGAAAAAGAACCAACCCCAAAGCCUCCUCCUCCGCCUCCACAACAACCAGGUUCAAGGCCUUAUGAUCAAUGGUCAUUUGGACUCUUUGGGGGCACUGGAAGUCGUGGCAGCGGCGGGAAACCGUUUGGUGACAAUGAACGGGACAAAUGGUACGUUCUGGGAGCUGCGGCGGCAAUCGCAUUCCUCGCCACCGUUACCAUGUUUGAGAUGGGCUACAAGGAGAUUGGUUGGAAGGAGUUUGUUCACAACUAUUUGGCCAGAGGUAUAGUUGAAAAGCUGGAAGUGGUCAACAAAAAAUGGGUACGUGUACGACUGUCACCUGGGAAUACAGUCGACGGUGCGAACGUGUUGUGGUUCAACAUUGGUAGCGUUGAUUCGUUCGAACGCAAUUUGGAAAAUGCUCAGGUAGAGAUGAACGUAGAACCACCGAAUUUCGUGCCGGUAAUUUACAAAACCGAAAUCGAAGCAGCUAGUUUAUCUGGAAUGUUGCCGACGAUUUUGGUCAUCGGUUUUCUUAUAUACAUGAUGCGUCGUUCGGCAGAGAUGAUGGGCGGCAAAAAGGGCAGGAAGGGAGGACUGUUUGGCGGUGUGAUGGAAAGCACCGCCAAAUUGAUCAAUUCUAACGAGAUCGGUGUCAAAUUCAGAGAUGUGGCCGGUUGCGAAGAGGCAAAAAUCGAAAUUAUGGAAUUCGUUAACUUCCUUAAGAAUCCGCAACAGUACAUCGACUUGGGAGCGAAAAUACCCAAAGGAGCCAUGUUAACAGGUCCACCGGGAACAGGAAAAACGUUAUUGGCCAAGGCGACAGCGGGAGAGGCCAAUGUUCCGUUCAUAACGGUCUCCGGAUCAGAGUUUCUCGAAAUGUUUGUUGGUGUGGGUCCCUCCAGGGUCCGAGAUCUCUUUUCGAUGGCGAGGAAACACGCGCCCUGUAUCCUGUUUAUAGAUGAAAUCGAUGCGGUUGGCAGAAAGAGAGGCGGCAGAAGCUUCGGCGGUCACUCCGAACAAGAGAACACGCUAAAUCAAUUGCUGGUUGAGAUGGACGGUUUCAACACGACAACAAACGUGGUAGUUUUGGCUGCCACCAACAGAGUGGAUAUAUUGGACAAGGCGCUGCUGAGACCGGGCAGAUUCGAUCGGCAGAUUUUCGUUCCCGCUCCAGACAUCAAGGGACGAGCCAGCAUCUUCAAAGUUCACUUGCAGAACUUGAAGACGAACUUGGACAAAACGGAAUUGGCUCGGAAGAUGGCUGCCUUGACGCCCGGCUUUACCGGUGCGGACAUCGCAAACGUUUGCAACGAAGCCGCCCUGAUCGCCGCCCGCGAUUUGAACGAUUCCAUAAACAUGAAGCACUUUGAGCAGGCGAUCGAGAGAGUGGUGGCCGGCAUGGAGAAGAAAACGAACGUGCUGUCGCCGGAGGAGAAACGUACAGUUGCUUACCACGAAGCUGGUCACGCGGUUGCCGGCUGGUUCCUGCAGUACGCGGAUCCGCUGCUGAAGGUCAGCAUCAUUCCUAGAGGUAAGGGUUUGGGUUAUGCGCAGUACUUGCCCAAGGAUCAAUAUUUGUACACCAAGGAACAGCUCUUCGACAGGAUGUGCAUGACUUUGGGCGGUCGCGUGUCCGAGGAGCUGUUCUUUAAAAGAAUUACCACCGGCGCACAGGACGACUUGAAGAAAGUCACACAGAGUGCCUACGCCCAAAUAGUUCACUAUGGAAUGAACGAGAAAGUGGGAAACGUCAGCUUCGACAUGCCAAGAGAGGGCGAGAUGCAAUUAGAGAAGCCCUAUUCGGAAACGACGGCCCAAAUGAUCGAUGCAGAAGUACGUAAAUUGAUCGACUGCGCUCACAAACGCACCACCGAACUCCUCAGCGAACAUAAGGAAAAGGUGGCCGUCGUCGCCGAGAGACUGCUCAAACAGGAAAUCAUCAGCAGGGACGACAUGAUCGAAUUAUUGGGCAAGAGGCCGUUCCCGGAGAAAUCGACUUACGAAGAGUUUGUCGAGGGAACGGGGUCCUUUGAGGAAGACACCGCUCUUCCUGAGGGACUGAAGGAAUGGAACAAGGAGAAGAUUCCGGCAACGGAAAAUAAAACUCAACCUUCGCCGUAAUUGUUAUUGUAAAGUUUUAUUUCUAAGGGAUUUUGUAGUUUGAACUGGCUACCGGGUCGUUCGGUGUACCCAACUUGAAUGUAAAUAUGUCUGUUAUGCUUUACAUUUUUGCCUCAGAGAGGUUUAUGUACACCCAAAGGAUCUAUAAAUAAAUUAUUAGAUAGACA